AUCAAAAUGGCGGCGGAAGUAUCUGCACCUCUUCAACCCUCGCUAUAUAGUAAUGGGCACACAAUGAUGAUGAAUGGGGAAAUGGAGAUUCAUGAACCAGCAGAAAAGAAGAUGAGAUUAAAUGACGGUUGGCCCGACUCAAAGAUCGUUCGAUCCUUUUGGCUGAUGCCGAUCAUCUAUUGCUGCGUCCCAGUCCUCCAAACUACUUAGGGCAAACAUGCUGUUACCUUUCAUUUUAUGAAGCAUUAUCAUAGACCAUACAGUGCUACUUUCAUUUGACAGUUCACAAUAUUUCCCAGUCAGUGCAGUAAGAUUAAGAUUUGCCUAACUAAGGAAAGAUUGAGCCAUUUAGAGGACUAUUCCUUCACAAAGCAAGUCAUGCCACAGGCAAGACUAUAUUGAUGCCCUAUUGCUUUGUGAUGGUAAUUUGCUUUUGUUUGUUUUGUUAUCUUUGCAGAUAUUGGCGUAUGGGUUCUGCUAUCACUGAUGUGCGGUGCGCCUGAUGCCCGAGUGUCAAAAAUGAAUAGGAUCUGUACAUGUGGCACACAAAUUUACUUAAUGAAAUUAGCAAAGAUAUGAAUACCCAUUAAGUAAAUAAUUGAACCUUACAACUUCCAAAGAGUAUGAAUAUGGAUUACCAUACCUGUCAAAUGACUUAGUAGGAAUAUAUGUUUUUCUUUAAGAAAUAAGAGAAAAUUCGCUUCUGGGAUCAGAUUUUGUUUUCGUAUGUACAUAAAUCAGUCCGAGAGUGAGUGCGGUGACUGUUUUACAUCAGUGGGUUGGAGGGUUUUUAUAUUCUACUCUUUCCAGAGCACAGGUUGAGCAGCCACUGACCACCCCACAGUGUGUGUACCUUGUGAAGAUACAGGAAGCUUAGAGGCCGGAGCCCAGCCACCAGUACCUGUCACAGGACUGUGUGGCUGGUUCACUCUCAUGAUCAUUCACUGCCACUGUGUCACCCACCCAUCAUGCUAACCUUCUCAUCACAUGCCCAACACAAUCAAUCAGAGUGAUAUCUUUUUUGUGAAUAUGUGAUAUGCCUGUUCUUUUUUUCUUUGUCGUUUCAUGGUGUAAGGUGGGCAGAAAGGCCUCUACGAGAGGGGAGAUUCAGCGGCUGGCCGUUCGUCAGUUAGCUGGGGCUGCUAUUUACGCUAUGUAGCUUCCCCAGUGCAGUGAGGGAACAGCUUGUGCGCGAUCUACUGUGCGAGAGGUUGAUCAGUCUGGCACCCUUGUUUUGGGUGCUGGAGCCAAGAAGGACGACGUAGUUCACCUACUAGGACAGAGCCUCCCGCGCCUCUCCUCCGACCAGAAGGACACUGUGGCUCGGGCCAAAAAAUAUGCAAUGGAACAGUCCAUCCGCCUAGUCCUCAUGAAGCAGACUUUAGCACAUCAGCAGCAGCAAGCCAAAUCCUUACAACGACACCAGGCGCUAGUUCUCAUGUGCCGAGUGUACGUUGGCAGCAUCAGUUUUGAGCUCAAGGAAGACACCAUACGCCAAGCCUUUGUUCCCUUCGGUCCAAUCAAAUCUAUAAAUAUGUCUUGGGAUCCAGUCACACAAAAACACAAAGGAUUUGCAUUCGUUGAAUAUGAAAUGCCUGAAGCAGCACAAUUGGCACUGGAACAGAUGAACGGUGUAAUGAUCGGUGGUCGUAAUAUCAAGGUUGGACGUCCUUCGAACAUGCCACAGAAUUGGUCGACAGCACAGGGCCUCAGUGCCUGUGAUGUCACACAACCGAGACUUCUUGCCAUGACAAGGACAACAGAUGGUGCACAGACCGUCAUUGAUGAGAUAACAGAAGAGGCCAAUUACUACAAUCGUAUUUAUAUAGCUUCAGUUCACCAAGAUUUAUCUGAAAGUGACAUCAAGAGUGUAUUUGAAGCUUUCGGUAAAAUCAAGCAAUGUAUGUUAACACCUGGUACAACCCCUGGCAAGCAUAAAGGCUAUGGAUUCAUAGAGUAUGAGAAUUCCACUUCGGCACAGGAAGCCAUAGCUUCCAUGAACCUGUUUGACUUGGGUGGUCAGUACUUACGUGUGGGGAAAGCCAUUACACCACCUGGCUCUUUCUAUGGUCCUCUAUCGGCACCAACUCAGAUGCCAACUGCAGCAGCAGUAGCAGCAGCAGCAGCAACAGCUAAAAUUCAGGCGAUGGAUGCUCUGGCAACAAAUGCCAUUGGUCUUGUACAAGGGCUCAGCAGCUCUCCUGGUUCUAUAUCACAACUACCACCAGUUGGUGUUGUGGGGAAUGUACCUCCAGUUGGAACUGUGGGUAAUGUUUCUGCAUCAGUUCCAUCCUCUCCAGUGGCAGUUUUGGGUGGAAAUAGUUCAUCUGUUCCUCCUGUGGGUGUAGUAACUAGUUUACCUAACCUUGGUGGACCAACUAGUACAGCAACCAUACCUCCACCAACAGUUAUUACCUCAUUACCUGUUCCUGGCACCAACAGUUCUUCACUUGCACCUCCAUUACCACCAUCAUCAAAUGUUGGUGGUGCAGGUUCUGCUGGCUCCAAUGCAACAGUCAAUUCCUCAAGUGGAGGUGAAGAUCGGAAACCUACUCAUCAGGAGGAGCUAGCCAAGAAGCUCAUGGAGGACAAUGAGCCUCAAACAUUGCAGCAACAGGAGACUAUGUCCAUCAAGGGCCAGUCAGCACGACACCUGGUCAUGCAGAAGCUAAUGAGGAAAGCAGAGUCAACUGUGGUGAUUCUACGUAAUAUGGUCGGUGCUGAGGAAGUGGAUGAACUUCUCCAAGAUGAAAUUACAGAAGAAUGUGGCCGUUUUGGCACUGUUAGACAUGUCAUCAUAUACCAAGAGAAGCAGUCUGAUGAGGAUGAUGCAGAAGUACUUGUCAAAAUUUUUGUGGAAUUCUUAAGUCCACAUGAAAGUACUGCUGCUCAGGAGGCUUUGAAUGGCAGAUACUUUGGAGGACGCCUAGUAAAAGCCGAGCUAUAUGACCAGAACAUGUACAACCACAAUGACCUCUCAGGAUAGAUACAAUUAUGUAGUGUUGUUACACCUGCCCAUUAUAUAUUCCUUCAUACAGUAUAUACAACUACUUACACAGUAAGGCCAUGGAUGAUUAGAAGAAAAAAAUUCUAAUGUUUUUAUAUACAGUAUGGUAUAAAUUUAUUUUAUUCUAUUUUAUUUUUUCUCUCCACUAGACAUUGAGAGGACUGUACCAGUUCCAUGUAGAAUAUCACCCCAUAAGUCACAUUUCUCUCUCAUACAUGCCCUUCAUUUCAGCUUGUGUGAGUUGAUCAUCUUCUCACCCAUUCAAUGCAUUUGUAGAUAAUUGUCCAUUGUAUGUCGUUAUAGAUAUAUUUUGAAAUUUGUAUAUAGACUGCUUCCCCUUCUAUACAAUGUUUAAGAUGCCUCAAAAGUCUUGCUUAUAGCUGUGAGUCUUGGACUUGUUGUGGACAAGUGAAUAAAUGAGUUAGAUUGGUAAUAAAAGUUUAAAAAGAAAA